AACAAAGCAUUGUGGGAGUUCAAAGGUGAUGUAAUAUCCAAAAUGGCGACGACCAUGCAUCUACGAUCGCUCGCAAGAAGUCUACUUUUACCACGAUUAAGCACUGCCAAUUUGUGUAAAAAUAAUAAUCAGAGAAUACAAUGGCAGUCAACAGAGACACAGGAAGCCAGCAAUUCUCAAUCAACUGACACCAAGCCAACAGACAAGAGUCCGCCAGCAGAGGGCAGCAAACCAGAUGAGCAGACAGACCUCAGUGCAGUAGAGAAGACGCUCAAGGAAGAGAAAGAGAAACUACAGGCCCAGCUGGCUGAUGUCACAGAUAAAUAUAAGAGAGCGCUCGCCGAAACGGAAAAUGUCCGGACGAGAUAUAAACGGCAGCUGGACGACAGCAAGCUGUACGCAAUCCAAAGCUUCUGCAAAGACCUGCUGGAGGUGUCGGACGUCUUGGACAAGGCCACGGACAGUGUUCCCGAGGAGGAGCUGAAGAGGAAGGAGAAUGGGUCUCUGAAGACUUUGUAUCAGGGUCUGCAGAUGACGGGAACCCAACUACAGAAGGUAUUUAACAAGCACAAUCUCCACCGGAUUGACCCCAUGGGGGAGAAGUUUGACCCCAACCUCCACGAGGCUUUGUUUGAAGUCCCCGCCAUGGAAGGGAAGAACCCUGGCGAGGUCGCAGUAGUCACCAAAAUCGGCUACCGGCUCCACAGCCGGACGUUACGACCGGCUCUCGUUGGUGUGGUCAAGCAGUCGUGAUGAGCUAUCAGAUCAGGCGAUUGAGAUCAUGUGGACGGACUGUUAUGUAAUCUAGGGUGCUCCGUGUCGUAAAGGGAGAUAUUUUACAACUGCCACUUUUUUGUUCACACUGUCGUGACGUACUCAGAUCUCAACUGCAAAACCUAAAGGAAAGGGUCUCGAAGCCUCAUGAUAACAUGUGCUUCUUAUCCAUUAUUUGCAUGUUAUUAGGCAUAUUCUGGCUCUUUUUAUGUUUAGUAAUCUAUGUCGUAUUACUAUGGAAAGGUUGCUUGGAAGGCCGCCUUUAUUUUCAUCAGCCGUGAAUCUAAAAAUUUCACAUAAAUUGACUUGUUCUUUAAUGUGACCUACCACGCCCGUAAACGAUAUAAUAGUGUACAUGUACAUGUAUAGUUUUGGGGGAAAUAAGCCACCACGGCCAUUUCAUGAAAUGUUUGAAGAUUUAGUAGCGUUCAUUGUCAGCAAGUGCUCGCUUGCCUAAGUGGGGAAGAUCAGCCAAUUCAAUCUGAAUAAAGUGAUUAUGAUUCCCAAUUUUGAUCAAUUAAAAGUUACUCGCUUUCAGAACUCGUCCUUAACAAAACAGUGCAGUUCUGUCCUUGUCGCACCAUGGAAUUGCAUUUCAAGUAUCAUAAACCAGUACGUAGUGGUGUAUGAUAAAGUACAAGCUUCGAGGAAGAAUAAGUUUUUCCCAUCUUAUAAUGGAGUUUCUUUGCAAAGGGUAUUGUAAAAAGAUGGAACAGAUCAAGAAUAAACAGUCAUUUAGCAACACAG